UCUUAAGAAAAUCUGACUGGAUCAGUCUUCCUGUGCAGCAGGAAGUUUCUGUUCAUCUAAUCAGGGUUCAGCUGGGCCAAUUACCAGACAAGUUAAAACCCAGCAGACUUUAGUCCUGAACAUCUGCAGACAGGAUGGAGAGCACUUUUGUCUUAAAAGAUUUUAAGAGCUUUCAGUGCUCCUCUCCGUCUGACUUUGACAAGAAGUUCUUUGGAGAACAGAGUCUACUGGCUGCUCUGUCUCUGGAGCAGCUCUCCACAUCAAAAGUGUCCUACGACCCAGCGGCUGACUGGUCUGACAGCAAGGCGUCCAUGCUGGCGUCGCUUUGCCUCUCUGACAUCGUCUCCCCCUGUCGGGGUUUGCCGCCGCACGGCCCCAACACUCAGGAGGCGGGUGACUGUGAUAAGCUGAGCGUUCCUGUCCUGGGGAAGAUCUCCACUCCUCACAUCCUCCUUCAGAAGCCCAAAAAUGUCACUGGAUUCGACCAGUCGUACGGAGACCUGACGGCGUCGCAGGUUUCCUGGGAUGUGUCCCUGAUUAAAGCGGAGAACAGCCCCAUGUUCUGCGUGGAGUGUCAGGAGCAAACGCGGAGCCCGAACCUUCAUCAUUCAGCCUCAGAAGUUUCCACCUGAAGCAACACCUGGCUUUAAGGGCGACCUCUGACCUGCAGUACAAUGUGUUUUUAAAUUUGUCAUAAUAAAGGAAUAAUAAACAUUACACUGACACUCCUCAAA